CCUUAAACAUGAACACAAAAGAAUAGCACGCAGUGCGAAAGCUGCAAUGACCCCAUAACUGUUAAAAAGUCUUCUGCAUAAAUGCAAGUAGGUCCCGUUUAAGCCGCCUAUCAAGUUGAAGUUUUUUUUUAAUAUUUCUGAUACUCGGUCGUCCAGCUAAAAAAUAUGGCUUUAGGACUGUCGACGGCUCAAGCCCACAUCCAACGAUUCGCCAACCCGGAGCAGAUGCAGCAAGCCUUCGCUAAUAUUUGCCUUCCGAGGCCAAUUGAAACUACACAGCACCGAAGCCAUUUAUGGAGGUCUCUGAGAACAACGAACUGCGAUGCAGAAACUGCUACUCCAACGGUCGUUUUGCAAAGGAUUGCCGCAAGCCAAAAAGGACUCCUGGUUCCUGUUUCGCCCGUGGAGAAAUGGGGCACUUCGUAGGACAAUGUCCUCAGAGGAAGAGCGCUAGUGACAACAACAACUAUAAUACCUCAAAGACUCUGAGAGCGCGUUAUCAUUUAUAAUUAUGGUAUAUUAUUAAUUAUGGUAUAAAUAAGAGCCAACUCAAUGUUAUUGGAAGACGUG